AUGACUCCAACACCCCCGUCCACAACACCCUCCUCGGGAUCAGGUCGGUCACCCGAGGAGCAGUUUCGGGUUGUGAGGAAGAGAAACAGAGUACCUCUCAGCUGCUAUCCGUGUCGGACUAGGAAAGGUCAUCCGUGCAGUAAUUGUGUGAAGCGCGAGGGUGGUGACGCGUCCUCAUGUUCAUACGCAACUCCUGCCACUCGUAAAAAGAACCAAAGUCAAGGCUCUUCGAGCCCCGAUGACAUGCAGAAUCGUAUUGACCGUUUAGAAGGCCUAGUUUUGUCUUUGAUGCACGGAGGUGCUACUAUUGAUCCUUCUACCGCAGCAGCAGCCGCCGCUGUGACAGGCGCCGCGACAAGCAAAUCGAAUACUGACAGCACACCCCCUUCGGCCAAGAUGGACCCCGAUGACGAGACGCAAAUGCGAGACGACGACGACGAUAGUGAUCCCGACGGUGAGUUGGCGACGUCCUUGGGCGUAUUAAAAGUCGACUCAGAUAAGGGCAAGUCGAUGUACAUUGGCCAGGAGCAUUGGCACACGAUUUUGGCAGAUAUAUCGGAAGUGAAGACCUAUUUUGCGAAUCAUAAGAAGGAUUUGGAAAAGAGCUACGAGAAGGUUAUGAUGUCAAAACCGGCCAGCGCUAGAGAAGGACCUACGUUUCUGCUUGGAGCUGCGCCAGCAACCGAGGUCGAAUUGCGAGCGGAACUGCCGCCCAAAUCGGCCGUCCUCGCGCUGUGUUCAAGAUACUUCAACUCGAUGGACAAUGCGGUCAAUAUCAUCCACGCACCAACAUUCCAGCAGCAGCUCCGAGCCCACUGGCAGGAUCCUUCAAAAACACCCAUCAUGUGGCUUGGACUGCUCUAUUCGAUCUUGUGUCUGGCCAUGCUGAGCUACCACAAGGUGGGAGAUGAGCCGCCGGAGUGGAAGGGCCGGACGCUGGACCUGGCGUCCGAAUAUCGAUUACGCACGGUCCAAUGUUUGAUCACGGCCGAUUACACGAAACCGGUCGAACACACCGUAGAGACAAUGCUUCUCUACGUCUUUGGGGAAUAUUCCUCAAGAUGGGAUGCGGAUCUGGGGCUGUGGCUUAUUGUGUCCUUGCUCACCAGAGUUGCAUUCAGAAUGGGGUACCACCGCGAUGCGAAAUGGUUCCCGACAAUAACACCAUUUCAAGCAGAAAUGAGGCGACGAACGUGGGCACUGGUCAGGAUGGCUGACGUGGUGUUCUCACAUCAAGUAUCGCUGCCAUCCAUGAUAUACGGACAUGAUUGCGACACUCAAUUGCCGAACAACAUCUUUGACGAGGAAUUCGGUCCCAACACAAAAGUUCUGCCUCCCUCGCGGCCAAAGACGGAGCCCACCCCGAUUGCGUACAUGAUAGCCAAAUCUAAGCUGUGCAACGAAAUGGGCGACAUCUUGCAGACCACCAACCGUGUGGGCAGGCAAUUACCGUAUGACGAAAUUCUGCGGUUUGAUGCCCGACUUCGAGAGAUCAACGACGAGAUCCCGCCCCAUCUCAAGGUUACAGCCUUGGAAGGCUCCCACGAUCCUGUUACUCUGAUCAUCGCGAGGUUUAACAUCAACGUGCUUUACCUCAAGAUCCUUUGUCUGUUGCACAAGAAGUAUGUGCCACGGGCUCGGCUAAACCCCCGAUAUGCCUACUCGCGCAGGAGUGCAGUAGAGGCCGCUCUGGAGACGUUGAGACAUCUCGUCACUCUUGACCGAGAAUCACAGCCAAACGGUAGACUGCGGUCUUUGAGGUGGUUUGUGAACUCGAUAGCAACGAAGGACUUCCUCCUGCCUGCUAUGUUGGUUGCACUCGACCUUCACCACGAUCGGGUUGCGGAAACGAGCGACGAUCGCAGGGCGUCAGAGUCGGCAAUGUUCUGGACCCCUGAACAGCGAAUGGAGAUGCUCCGCAACCUCGAGCGCACCAAGGAUAUCUGGCAAGGGCUUGCGGACGGGUCGAUGGAGGCGUUCAAGGCGUCCAAGGUCCUUGACAUCGUCCUAGAGAAAAUCAAGGGCACUAAUCCUGAACCAGAGAUCUUCAAAAACGAAGUAUUCCCGGGUUUUGAGACAAACCCAGAGACGCAGUCGGACCACAACGCCGCAAUGACUUUGGGUAUGCUCUCCGGUGGAAUGACGCCAAAUACAACAGCUGCCCUUGAGAGCAGCAUUCAAAAUACCGACUCUUUUAGCGGCAUGGACUUUGGAGUGUCGUUACCUAUGACGGGUUCGGGCAUGACGCCCGUCUUCCAGGGCGAGAUUGGCAUGAAUAAUGCGGGGUCUCCGUUCUCGAUGUUCACCAACUUCGAGGCCGGCGGAGAUUUCCCCGCCAACUUCGACUGGAACGCAUUCGAGACGUACACGCAGAACGCAAACUGGGCAGCCGACACUGGCUUUGGGCAGAUCUAUCCAGGUCAGUCCUCGCCGGAAACUGACGGUUCCGGUAUGCCCUUCGGCGGUGCCAACGGCGGUAUGUCUGGCUAG